AUGAGGUACGAUGGAACCCAGGACCCACUGGAACACCUCACGGCCUUUGAAGCCAGAAUGAACCUGGAGGGAGUAGGAGACGAGGUAAGGUGCCGCGCCUUCCUGGUCACCCUGGCAGGACCUGCGAUACGGUGGUUUAAUAGCCUCCCGCAGGGCUCGGUGACCGGCUUCUCCGACAUCAGCCGCGCCUUCCUAGCACAAUUCACCACCAGAAUUGCGAAGGCAAAACGCCCAAUCAAUCUCCUCGGCAUGACUCAAUGCAUCGGGGAGACGACCAGGAAGUAUAUAGACCGGUUCAACGACGAAUACUUGGAGAUCGAGGGAUUAACCGAUUCGGUGGCCAGCCUUUGUCUGACGAACGGCCUCCUCAAUGAGGACUUCCGAAAACACCUCACCACAAAGCCGGUCUGGACGAUGCACGAGAUCCAAACUGUAGCCAAGGAGUACAUAAAUGAUGAGGAAGUUAGCCGAGUUGUGGCUGCUAACAAACGGCAGCCCUCCUACAAUCAACCCAGGCAACACGGUAACAGAGAAAGGCAGAAGGAGUAA